CAGUAUUUUCUCGGCUUUUCCGCUUGUGUACAUAGCACGUAUUUCGCAAAAAAGCUAGAAAAAACGCCGUUCUUGCGGUAAAAAGUGUACAAUUCGAACAACAUGGACAGCGGCGACGACACAACCAACAACGAAAACGUAAGGAGGACACGCUCGGGCAAAAUCGUACGGACGCCUCCGGCAGUGAAAACCCCGGCGAAGAAGACGCGCAAAAAGGUCGUACUCAUGGAGGUGGAAGUCUCUGAAGAAGAGGAAGAAAUCCAGUCGAACAACACGCAGAAGAGCGAAGAACCGGAGCACAACAACGGCGCCGCGAACGACGAUAAUCACGAGGAGGAGUUGGAGGAGCAGGCGGUGAUGGACAUCGCUGAAGAUGGAGUGGAGGCACCAGCGGGUGCGGAGGAUGAUGAUGAUGCCGCGUUGAGCGCCUUGAUUGAUGAGAGGAUGGCACAAGAGGCUGAAGCGAGUAAGGAGGGAAUGGAGGAUGGGGAGGAGAUGACGUUCGCGGAACCGGUGGUGGAAGAGAGCAGCGACAUACAAGAAGUAGAUGAAGUGGUGGAGGAGACGGAUGUGUCGAUGGUUGAAGAGAAGAAUGGGGUGGGUGGGUUGAGCGAGACAGAACAGGAGAAGGAUGAAGAGAAGAAGGAAGACGAGAACGCGGAAAGCGUAGAAGAGAAGAUCGAAGAAAGUGAAGAGAGUAAGAAAGAGGAAGAACGACCAGUGCAGACGGGCGAACCCGACGCCGAAAACAUAUCAGAAGAUGAGCUGCCCACGGUGCAAGCCGUCAAAGUACCAGAAACCGAGGAGGUCUCCGACGAAGAGCUUCCAGGGCCGAAGCGCGCGGAGCUGCCCGCCGACACCGAGGUGGUGUCGGAGGACGAACUGCCGACCGUGAAAAAGGAAGCGCCGAAGCGAAAAUUGGCGGAGGGCGACUACGACCCGGGAUCGCCGACUUCGGAGGGCGAAACGCCGUCGAAGAAGCCGUCGCUGGAGAGCGCGGCGGUCAAAGAGGAAGAUAAGAAGGAGAAACCGAAGAAGCUUCCAGAGCUAGAUAAGUACUGGAAGGCGGUGAACGACGACCCGACUGAUUUCACGGGUUGGACGUACUUGCUGCAGUAUGUGGACCAGGAGAAUGACAUGGAGGCCGCCCGAGAAGCCUACGACGCGUUCUUGUCCCACUACCCCUACUGCUACGGCUACUGGCGCAAGUACGCCGACUACGAGAAGCGCAAAGGCAACAAGAAGAAGUGCGAAGAGGUAUUCGAGAGAGGCUUGAAAGCGAUUCCGCUCUCCGUCGAUUUGUGGAUCCACUACCUCACCUACGUGAAAACGACCAAACCGGACGACGAGGACUACAUCAGGUCGCAAUUCGAGAGGGCGAUCGCUGCCAGCGGACUGGAAUUCCGGUCGGACAGGCUGUGGGACUCGUACAUCAAGUGGGAGACGGAGGGCAAGAGGCUGCAGAACGUCACGUCGAUCUACGAUAGGCUCUUCACCACACCGACGCAGGGCUACAACACGCAUUUCGAAAACUUCCAAGAGCACAUCUCCUCGAACCCUCCUAACAAAGUCGUAGAAGUGGACGAAUUCUUGGCUCUGCGCAAGGAAGUCCGACACAUGUUAAAGCACGACAGUGCCAACGAAAACAAAACCGAUAAUUCAGACGUGCCACCUGGGGAAGACGACUCCAGCAAAGUCAUCAGUACAGACGAAGAGACUAAAGCGAUACGGGAAAGAAUAAUCUCAAUAAGGCGAAAAAUACACAAAAACACAGUGGCGGCGGUCACGGCGAGGUGGAACUUCGAAGAAGGGAUCAAACGACCCUAUUUCCACGUCAAGCCCCUGGAAAGGUGCCAACUCAAGAACUGGCAAGAAUACCUCGACUUCGAAAUCGAGCAAGGCGACCAAGUCCGCAUCGUCGUCUUGUUCGAGCGUUGCCUCAUCGCCUGCGCCCUCUACGAAGAGUUCUGGUUGAAAUUCGUGCACUACUUAGAAAGUUUAAAGGACCCCGAACUCCAGUCCAAAAUCCGCGACGUGUACGAGAGAGCUUGCACCAUCCACCACCUCAAGAAGCCCAGUUUGCACCUGCAAUGGGCCAUGUUCGAGGAGAGCGUCCAGAAUUUCCACAGAGCCGCCGAAAUCUUAGUCAACCUAGAAAAGUCAGUACCUAAUGUUCUACAGAUAGCCUACAGAAGGAUAAAUUUAGAGAGGCGCAGAAACGACAACGACAAGUGCGCACAACUGUACGAACACUACAUUAACAAUUCAAAGAAUAAGAUGAUCUCGAGUAACAUAGCCAUAAAAUAUUCAAGGUUCGCUUUGAAGAUACUCAAAAAUAAGGAAAAAGCGUUGGAGAUACUUCGGUCGGCGAUUACGAAGGAUCCGAACAACCCGAGGUUGUACUUACAGUUGAUUGAUCUGACGUUGCAGCAGGAGGACGUCACGGAGAAUACGAUAGUGGAGUUGAUUGAUUCGUUCUUGGAGAAGGAGACUGCUGAUGCUGACCAGAAGGUCUUGUUUGCGCAGAGGAAGUUGGAGUACUUGGAGGAUUUCGGGGCGGAUAUACAGUCGGUGCAAAAGGCGUACGAAGACUACCAGAAGUACAUCAAACAGAGCAAAGACAGCGGGAAGAAGAAAGAGUCAAAGAACGAUGCCACUUCGACGGAUAAGAAAGGUAAAGCGUCGAAUCAGCAGGCGUCGCAGUCGAGCUCGUACGGGAGCUACGGCAACUACGGGAAUUCGUCAGCUCAAGGAUCUUACCAAUACUCGGGCUCCCAGACCGGUCAGUACAACUACUCAUACGGCCAAGGUGAUCAGUAUCAGUAUCAAGGGUGGCAGUAUCCGCAAGGGAGCUAUAGCGGCUACAACCAAUGGGGUUCGUACGGAGGCGGAUACAGUUAUUAGUUUUUAUAUUCGAUAAACUUCCACUUUUUCUAGUUUCUAGGAUUAUCUUCAAUUUGUACACAAUGAAUGUACUUUUUUUUUACACCCUUUUCCACGGGUACAAAUCUGUUUUAUUUUAAUUUAAUAUAAUUUCGUGCGUUGUGGAUUGUAACCUUGUACUACCUAAACGAGUAAUUAAUAUACAUAGUAUAUGUAAAAA